CAGCCACCCGCCCUCAUUCGCUGACUGCCCAAGCGCGGGUGGCUGGAACACUGAAUUUGGGGAAGAACCUGCAGGGUGAUCGAGUCGCCUGCGCUUGUGGACACCGGCCAUGCCCGACACACACUGAGCGGAAGUUGCCCGGGCGCAAGUCGCAUUGGCCAUGAGCAACUUCCAGCUGGAAGACUUCGCAGCGGGCUGGAUUGGAGGUGCAGCCAGUGUCAUUGUUGGCUACCCUCUGGACAUAGUCAAGACUCGCCUGCAGGCUGGUGUUGGCUAUGGGAACACAUUCAACUGUAUCCGCAUGGUGUACAAGAGGGAGAGUGUGUUUGGCUUCUUCAAGGGCAUGUCCUUCCCCCUGGCCAGCAUUGCUGUCUACAACUCGGUGGUGUUCGGGGUCUUCAGUAACACCGAACGGUUCCUCAGCCGGCACCGCUAUGGGGAGCCUGAGGCUGGCCCUGGCCGAAGUCUGUCUGACCUACUCCUGGCUAGCAUGGUGGCUGGUGUGGUCUCUGUUGGGCUGGGCGGUCCCGUGGACCUCAUCAAGAUCCGACUGCAGAUGCAAACACAGCCGUUUCGGGAAGCCAACCAUGGAUUGAAGACCAGGGCAGUGGCUCUAGGGGAGCAGGCAGCAUACCAUGGACCAAUACACUGUAUUGCAACCAUUGUGCGGACUGAGGGCCUGGCAGGGCUAUACCGGGGAGCCAGCGCCAUGCUGCUGAGGGACAUCCCAGGAUAUUGCCUCUACUUUAUUCCCUAUGUGUUCCUGAGUGAAUGGAUCACACCUGAGGCCUGCACAGGGCCCAGCCCCCAUGCUGUGUGGCUGGCAGGUGGCAUUGCAGGGGCCAUUUCCUGGGGGACAGCAACUCCGAUGGAUGUCGUGAAAAGUCGACUCCAAGCUGAUGGGGUCUAUUUAAACAGAUACAGCGGAGUCCUGGACUGCAUCUCCCAGAGUUACCGUCAAGAAGGCUUGAAGGUGUUUUUCAGGGGUCUCACUGUGAAUGCUGUGCGUGGCUUCCCCAUGAGUGCGGCCAUGUUCCUUGGGUAUGAGCUCUCCCUGAAGGCACUCCGCACGACCACACUGUGACAAGCCCAUGGGUGUAAGGUGAGUGUGGCUUCUUCUAGCCAAGGAUGAAGCUGGGACUCCGUUCUUCCUUACAAAACUGUCCUGAGCUUCUGAAAUGCCCCUCUGUCCCCUGUGGUAAGUCCAGUGGAGAAGCUUGCUGUCUCACCAACACACUGCAGUUCUGAAAUACCCAUGGUUGACCGCGGCAUGCUGGGCCCCUAGUCACUGAACUGGGCACAACUCAACAUUUCACAGCCAGUUCACCUGCUCUUUCCCAUUCACAGCUCCACAGUCCUUGGAUAGAGGUGCUUUUAGCCUCUUUCUUAAAAUGUAGUGAUCCGUGAUCUGAGGAUACUGACCCCAAAGGCCACACUAUGCCAAUAUGGGGUCAGCUCCCCACUUCUUACUAACAUGCUCCUUCGCAAAGCUCCCGAGGGUCGGCCAUUCCUUGCCUCCCACCGUUAGAGUCCUCAGGCCCUUUCCUUUCUCAGUGUGGAAGGAUCGGUGUAGCACCAUGCAUCUGACUUCCUGCUCAAAUGCUCUCAGCAGCUCUCUGCCUCACGCUACCUGGGAGUCAGUCCUUGAUGCCGCCGCCUCCAACCUGCCCCCAUCCUGAACAUUCUGCCCUCUCUCUCCUGGGGUCUGUGAUCUUGCUGUGCCUUGAGCCAACUCCCCUGGGUCUUGAUGUCACUUGCUUUGUCCUCCAGACCUAACUGUUGGUUUCCUCCAGCAAACGGCUUGAUUUCUUAGCUGAGAUGUGGCUGCCUACCACAGACCCCCCCAACUGCCUGCUGUUCCCCUCCAUCCUUCCCAGUGGAGGUCCUCUGCACAGCAGCUCUUCCUCCUCCACCCUUUUCCUGAUGGAGACUUAGCACAGUCCCUGGAUGAAGAAUGGUGGACCUCCCAUGUCCCUCUGUCCUGUUGCUGUUCCUUCCUAGCCUCAAGCUUGUCACUUGCAAGCUCAGAAAAUGGAGUGGUCAAUCAUUGGACUUUCUCAUCAACCAAGAAACCAUUUCACUCUGCCUCUGUGACUGCCAAGGAGGAUGGCCACCAUCAGGGAAGCCUGACUAUUGACCUCUAACUCCAUGCUGCAGUGGAUUCUGGGAAGCAUAGACAGUGUACCAGGUUCUAGAUGGAGAUAGAGAGAACCAUCAAUCAGGCUGACCACAGCAAACCUAGAAGCUGGCCUUAAUAGAAUUCUGACACUCACAGCUUCUCCGGCUUUUUGCCAUCUUUUAUACAAAAUGAAAAAGGGUAGUAACACAUUUUUCAUAAUUAAAGCUCUUGGUGAAGCAUCUCUGUAUUUGGGUGAUGUCCAUGACAAGGCUGGGCAGGACACAGAUAUUGUUUCAUUCCUAAAGUUGUGCUUAGACAUCCCCUUUAACAGGGAAAUAAAAAUUUAAAAACCUGUAACAAAAUCAUUGCAUUUUUAUAUUGUAGGAAAAUAUAAAAACUACAGAAAGGACAUUGUACAACUUCCCACAGUCACCAUAAGGUCCAACUGUAGCCUCAGACCCAGAACCCACUUUGCAUGAUGUAGCAGCCUUCCUGCCUAAUGGCCCAGAACCACAUCCCAUGUGACUAAAUCUUAGAUACAAAAUGGCUUCAGUACCAAGACCUCAGAUCUGGAGUGGCUGGGCACUUGCCCUAGUUGUCAUACUGUGCUGCUCUUGCCACACUGAGGACUGGCUCUUUAAGGAGGCUGGAGGAAGUUUCUAGAGAGCCAAGUCAGGUCUGUCCUAGAUUUGGCAUUUGAGAACAGUAGUCGAGCCAGUUGGAAACUUUUCAUUCUGAAUGUCCUCUCUCUUGCAAAGGGCUUGGAAACCCAUCUCCUUAGAAAAAAAGUCAUUAAGGGUGGCAGUGGGGCUGGGCAGUGGGAAGAGCAGGUCCCCUUUAGUGGGAAUGGGUGGUUCCAGCAGCUUUGUCUUGACAGGCUUCACCCUCGCGAGGUGUUUAACAUCCUGCUCUAACCAGGAGCCAUGAACAGCAGGUCCUCUAGCAAGCCUGGGCUUUAACUUACAAAGGUUUGGAGCAGGCUACAAUCUAUGCAGCAGAAACAUGAACUCUUUGAAGAUAUGCACAGCAACGCCUCCCUUCUCCUUUAGACCCCAAUGGAGGAAACAAUGUAUCUCAGAUUGCCCUAGAACACUGCAGACCCUAAGAAGCUGCGGGAUGGUGACUGUCUCCAGAGUCCUAGGCACAAGGGUCAAUGAAAAUUGUUUCCAAAUAUAUGCAUGGGAUGGAGGACACAUCUCCCCCGAGUCUCAAGGAGACAGCACCUUCCUUCCUUGUCAUCCAUCCCUUGUUCUGUUUUCUUCCAGGCUUCUCAGAACAGAGACGUGAAACUCAGUGAGAACUGUGUGAGGUAGUUACUUUGUCAUAGGGAUAAUUUGAGAAAAAGGGUCCUAGUCACUGGUGGGCAGUCGGUUCUUAGGUUUGUUCACGAGUCCUACUGUGUCACCCUUCCCUGCCUUUCCAGAGUCCUGGUUCCAGAACCCUCCUAGGAUAGUGCCGUUCUAUGUUCUGCCCUGGCGUGCAUGCUCCAGACCCAGGAAGCCUACUUUCCAUUUGCAGGGAGCUUCAGACCCAAAGAAAGGAGAUGCAUUCUUUCCAUGCUGCCUGGUUUGAACAUUUACAAAUGACCUCAGACAGCUCUCCUGACUGGCUGCAGUGUGUUGGUGAUUACUACCCCGUCUCUGUGGAACCAAAACCAUCUCCAUGUGGGUUGUCUGAGCCUAGAUCCUGCUGGCCACAACUCAAAAGAGGAUUCUUCACAUCCCUUCUCUCUUCCCAGGGCAGACCAGGCCUCAUCCCAUGGCAGGCUGGUGCUUGACCGUGCCUGUAGAACAAGCACCAGUGAGUUAUUGGGAAGAGAAAAGACCCGGCCUUCCCGGUUCUGUGCUGGUGGGCCGCAGCCGUCAUACUGAGCUCAGAGUCACUUCCUUCAGUAUUGCAGGCUCUCCAUUUCUCUCCCCAGCCCAGAGUACUGGAAGGAAGCAGCAGACCAUGGAGCAAGCAUCCACCAUCAUCUCUUUCAGCUCUGGAUUAGAACCUGUAGAAAACUGGAGCAAAAUGCCUGUGCCCCUGGAUGUUGAAAACUCAGCAGAGACUUGCGGAGAAGCUUGAGCUGGCUCCAUGCUUCCAAAUAAAAGCACUGAAUGCCCUUUGGGUUA